CAUCCACCAUCCAGUGCCGGACAACCACCACCACAAGGAGACAAAGACGAACCGAGGUAUAUAUCACCGGAGCAGUUACAUAAACGUAUCUGGUUCUGAGCAACCACGUCUGUCAUCGUCUUGUUCAAGCUCGUGAUUUCUCACCCUCAUGGAAGGAACCAUCUCCAGCCCCGCAAACAGGAGGAUUGCCGUCGUCACCGGCGGGAACAAGGGGAUCGGUUUCGAGGUAUGCCGGCAACUAGCCAGCGAUGGCAUUACAGUGGUUUUGACGGCCCGGGACGAGACGAGGGGCACGGUGGCGGUGGAGAAGCUCAAAGCCAUGGGGAUCAGUGAUGUCGUCUUCCAUCAGCUGGACAUCACAAACGCUUCGAACAUUGCUGGAUUGGCCGAUUUCUUGAAGACCCGUUUCGGGAAGCUAGAUAUUCUGGUGAAUAAUGCCGCAAUUGGUGGGGUUGAGUACCUCCAAGAACUCGAUACCAACGAGGAAAAGUUCAUUGGCCUAGAUUUCCACCAGAGACUCGAAUGGAUGUUCAAAAAUAUCAACGAGACCAUCGACGGCGCAAAGGAAGGUGUGAAGACAAACUUCUACGGCACGAAGCAUGUAAUCGAAGCCCUGCUGCCUCUUCUGCUGCAAUCUUCCUCCGAGGGGAAAAUAGUGAACGUCUCCUCUGGUGCUGGACUUCUUACGUUUAUCAAGAACGAGGAGGUGAGGCACGAGCUCAAUGACAUCAACAACCUAACAGAGCAGAGAAUAGACGAGCUGCUGGACAAGUUCCUCGAGGAUUUUGAGGCCGGGACGUCGGAGGCGCAGGGGUGGCCGACCGUUCUCGCAGCAUACAAGAUGGCCAAAGCCACCAUGAACGCCUACUCGAGAAUCUUGGCCAAGAGGCACCCGGAGCUCCGCGUCAACUGCGUGCACCCAGGCUACGUCAAGACCCACAUAACCAUGGGCUCGGGUGUCCUGACGCCCGAGGAGGGCGCGCGUAACGUCGUGAAGGUGGCGCUGCUGCCCGAGGGCGGGCCGACCGGCUUGUACUUCGACAAAGGCGAGGAGGCGUCGUUCGUCUGAGAGAUACCUACCAUGGCGACGGCUCGACUGCCGCUUACUGCACCGCUGGCUUAGUUUUGUGGUAGCUACACUGCUUGUUUUAGAUGAGAAUCAUUUAGUCGUAGGGUUUACAUUCGAUAUUCACUACUGUGUGGAGAACGCAAAAAGAAUCAUAUGAGACCUCAGAAAAAUAUAAGUCAUAAGUUAGAUUAGAGAGUUUU